GCAAGACUGCUGCAUGGUCACCACUGCUGAUUUGAAAUCAUGCCACAUGUGGGCCAACUUUGUAUGAUGAUGAAGCAACAGCCUUAGACGUCAGGCACUGACAAGGGUCAACAGGCUCAUCUGGGAACAAGGGGAAGAGGCAUUUUGCAUUCUCUUCAAGCAGCCUGUGGGGUCCUGAAUAAACACGGGAGCAGAACUUGGACAAAGAGACAUCCUAGGCUGGAGUAGUCAGAGAGGGCUUCCUGGAGGAAGUGAACGGUGUUGUGUAGAUUCACAAUUUGGAGUACCAGAUGGAGAGUAUUCCAAGCUGGGACAACAAAUAACGGAGUCAAUUGAGAGAAAGGUGAAGAGGCACCUUCAGACACCUCAUUUAAUCGUCUCAGCUCUAAGUCGUGUGUCGUGUGCCCGGGAGAAAACAGGCCUCUGGGGAAGCUGCUGCUGCUGCUUGAGGGUCCUAGGAUUAUCGGCUUCUUUGGUUAACAACUACCUCGUCCUGAUACUUGACCAACAUGGAUUUCAGCAAAUGUCUCUACAAUAUUGGGGAACAGCUGGACAGUGAUGAACUGGCCUCCCUCAAAUUCCUGAGCUUGGACUACAUCCCACAGAAGAAGCAGGAGCCCAUCAAGGAUCCCUUGAUGUUAUUCCAGAGACUCCAGGAAAAGAGAAUGUUGGAGGAAAGCAACCUGUUCUUUUUGAAGGAGCUGCUUUUCCGAAUUAAUAGACUGGAUCUGCUGAUGACCUACCUGGACACCAGCAAGGAAGACAUGCAGCAGGAGCUUCAGAUACCAGGCAGAGCCCAGAUCUCUGCCUACAGGGUCAUGCUUUUUCAGAUUUCAGAAGAUGUAAGCAAAUUGGAAUUGAAAUCCUUUAAGUUUCUCUUGAGCCGGGAGAUCUCCAGAUGUAAAUUGGAUGAUGAUUUGAACUUGCUUGAUAUUUUCAUUGAGAUGGAGAAGAGGGUCAUUCUAGGGGAAAGAAAUUUGGACACCCUGAAAAGAAUCUGUGACCAAAUCAACAAAAGCCUGCUGAAGAAAAUCACAGAUUACGAAGAAUUAAACAGAGAGCAAACAAUGAACCUUCAAAGAAGUCUAGAUGAAAUUUCAAAUGAUAUGUCUCAGUUGCCUAUAAGGGAGGGAUCCGUGAAGAUAUUGCCAAUGUCGGACUCUCUAGGAGAACAGGACUAUCAAUCAGAGACAUCGGACAAAGUUUACCGAAUGAAAAGCAAACCUCGAGGAUAUUGUUUGAUCUUCAACAAUUAUGAUUUUAGUGUAGCACGGAGGGAAGUGCCCAAACUUCAGAGCAUUAAGGAUAGGAAUGGAACAGACUUGGAUGCAGAUGCAUUGAGUAAGACCUUUAGUGAGCUUCAUUUUGAGAUAGUGCAUUUCAAAGAUGCUACAGCAAAGAAAAUCUGUGAAGUUCUGCAAUCCUACCAAAGCAUGGACCACAGUAGCAAGGAUUGCUUCAUCUGCUGCAUCCUCUCCCAUGGAGACAAGGGCAUCAUCUAUGGCUCUGAUGGGCAGGAAGCCCCUAUCUAUGAGCUGACCUCUUACUUCACUGGUUCAAAGUGCCCUUCCCUUGCAGGCAAGCCCAAAAUCUUUUUUAUUCAGGCUUGUCAAGGUGAUAAAUACCAGAAAGGAAUAGCUGUUGAGACUGACUCUGAACAGAAGGAAACCUAUUUAGAAAUGGACUCAUCAUAUCAGAAGAGAUAUAUCCCAGAGGAUGCUGACUUUCUGCUGGGGAUGGCCACUGUGAACAACUGUGUUUCCUACCGAAACCCCAUGGAGGGGACAUGGUAUAUACAAUCACUUUGCCAGAGCCUAAGAGAAAGAUGUCCUAGGGGUGAAGAUAUUCUCACCAUCCUUACCGAGGUGAACUUUGAAGUGAGCAAUAAAGAUGACAGGAAAAACAUGGGAAAACAAAUGCCACAACCAACGUUCACACUGAGAAAAAAACUCUUCUUCCCUCCUAAUUGAUGUUAUUGUUCAGUUGCAUAACACUAUGCAUAAUUUAUUUGUUUGUAAAAUGCUGCUUUUUUUUUCUCUUUUUUUUUUUUGGAUGGCAGGAAGGAGAGAGGAUGAGAAUCUGGACAACCUAAUUCCUAGGCAAAUUUAAGCCUAAAUCUCUGGCUUUGCAGUAAUAGCUAGAGAUUUAUAACCAUAGGUAUGAUUUUAAUUUUGAUUCAAUGAAGACGUUUUUUAAACAACUCAGAGUAGGUAAAAAAGGGUUAAAGGUGUCAUUCCAAAGCUUUAACCUGGAACACAGAAUUAAUGGCAGUGCAGAGAUUUUAUAAGGCAUAAGAAGAGGGAGAAUGGAGAAAGCAAUUUCCCAAUUGAGGCCUCAGAAUAAGUGAAUGCUGUUCAAGUACUGGGAGACAAAGUCAAGAAAACCAUAAUCUUCCCCCUUUCUGUGAAAGGGCUGAUUCUUCAUUCCGGGUUCCUAUGAGAAUUUGUCAGAUUUACACUUGCACUAAUUGGAUGUAAUUCUAUGGAGUAGAAUGUGAGGUACAAUUGUUAAAGGGUAUUUUUGGGACUUUUUUUUUUUUUUUAAAGUAAACUCUAUCCCUCUCAUCCCCCCAACCCCCAAUCCCAUGACAUGGGGCUAGAACUCACAACCCCAAGGUCAAGAGUCACACACUCUACCAAAUGAGCCAGCCAGGCACUCCUAAAAGGUAUUGUUUAAAAGGAGACAGCAAGGGCACCUCGGUGGCUCAGUGAUUGAGCGUCUGCCUUUGGCUCAGGUUGUGAUUUUGGGGUCCUGGGAUCAAGUCCCACAUCGGGAUCCCUGAAGGAAGCCUGCUUCUCUCUUUGCCUAUGUCUCUGCUUCUCUCUGUGUGUCUCUUAUGAAUAAAGAAAUAAAAUUUUAAAAUAAAACAGAGAGAGACAGCAGGCCCCAAAUGGAGUCACUUGUGUAAAUAAACCCCAUGUCAGCAAACCAAGACUUAAAUCCUAACUGAAAUGAAGUUUCAGUUCCCCAGGAAGUAAUCUUUAAGCAGUCAGCAUGGAAUUACUUACCUGGUCAGCACUGGUGAAAUAAUCCACUGGACAAAUUCUUUCCAUUCCCCUUAGGAAAGUGACGUAAUGCAAUUUGAUCCUAUUUGGUCUUUAAAUUUACUCAGUUGAAUUUUUAUGCUUUGACUGUAUGCUGGGGGAUGCCAGUGACCCCCUCUCAAAGGACACUAAAGGAGAUUUUUGUUAUCUGACCUAGCUAAAAAAACCCUCAUGUGUAAUGCUCCCACAUCCAACCUGAUGUCUUCUGACUUGUGUGACCUGCCAUCCCAGAAACACAUGAGCCUCCUCUCCUGAGCUAUGAGGAAACCCUGCUUCAGUGGCAAAAGGCACCAUAACUCUGUUUAGAUUUAGAUUUCACAAAAUCUAGGAAUUAUUUUCCUUGUUCUUAUUAUUUAUAAGUACCAUUAAAUCCACUUUUGAGGGGGACGAGGGUGGUUCGGUUUAGCAUCUGCCUCUGGGCUCAGGUCAUGAUCCUGGGGUCCUGGGAUUGAGUCCCACAUAGGGCUCCCCACAGGGAGCCUGCUUCUCCCUUUGCCUAUGUCUCUGCCUCUCUCUGUGUGUCUCAUGAAUAAAUAAAUAAAAUCUUAAAGAAAAAUCCACUUUUGAAAGGACUGAUGUUAAGAGCACAUUAACUUUAUGUUUUUGUACUUCCAGUCCCUCUCUUUCCAAGCCACCCUCUACACUAAUUUAAAGGUUUUUUAAAAUAUAAAUUUGUUAUGUUUUGUUAGGCUGUUUCUAACAUAUAUACAUGUUAGAAUAUAUAUCAUGCUUCUGUAUCACUUGAUACUGACUUGCUUUUUUGCUGAUGGUAUUAUGUUACAUUAAUGUAUUUGCAUUAGCUCUUUCUUUAUGCCUUAAUUUUAUA